UCCAACACUUCUCUCAUUAAGGAUGGAAAUCCAUAGGCCUCCGGGGCUUUUGUCUAGAAUGAUUUAUGGAAUAGUUUUCUGUCUUGUAGCCAUUAGUGUGGCCGCUGAUAAAUUUUAUGUUUAUGCUUCCCCUCCUCCACCGUACUAUUAUAAGUCUCCUUCUUUGCGGUCUCCUUCUUUGCCAUCAUAUCACUAUGCAUCACCUCCUUCUCUAAAAAAAUCUCUUCCUCCUCCAUAUUAUUAUAAGUCCCCUCCUUCACCAUCUCCCUCCCCGCCACCUCCAUACCAUUAUACAUCACCUUCUCCUCCAAAAAAGUCUCCACCUCCUUUGUACUAUUAUAAGUCUCCUCCUCCACCAUCUCCCUUUCCACCUCCUCCGUACUACUAUAAGUCCCCUCCUCCACCAUCUCCCUCCCCGCCACCUCCAUACCAUUAUACAUCACCUCCUCCCCCAAAGAAGUCUCCACCUCCUCCGUACUAUUAUAAGUAUCCUCCUCCACCAUCUCCCUCUCCACAUCCUCUGUACUACUAUAAGUCCCCUCCUCCACCAUAUCCCUCCCCGCCACCUCCAUACCAUUAUACAUCACCUCCUCCCCCAAAAAAGUCUCCACCUCCUCCGUACUACUAUAAGUCUCCUCCUCCACCAUCUCCCUCUCCACCUCCACCAUAUCACUACACAUCCCCUCCUCCCCCAAAGAAGUCUCCACCUCCUCCAUACUACUAUAAGUCCCCUCCUCCACCGUCUCCCUCUCUACCACCACCAUAUCACUAUACAUCACCUCCUCCUCCAAAAAAGUCUCCACCUCCCCCCUAUUACUAUAAAUCCCCACCUCCACCAUCUCCUUCACCACCACCACCAUACUAUUACACAUCACCCCCUCCUCCAGUGAAGUCUCCACCUCCUCCAUAUUAUUACAAGUCUCCACCACCACCCUCUCCUUCACCACCACCUCCCUACCAUUAUACAUCACCCCCUCCUCCAAAAAAGUCCCCACCUCUCCCCUAUUACUAUAAAUCCCCACCUCCACCAUCUCCUUCACCUCCACCACCAUACUACUACACAUCACCCCCUCCUCCAGUGAAGUCUCCACCUCCUCCAUAUUACUACAAGUCCCCACUACCACCUUCUCCUUCACCACCACCACCAUAUCACUAUACAUCACCUCCUCCUCCAAAAAAGUCCCCACCUCCCUCCUAUUACUAUAAAUCCCCACCUCCACCAUCUCCUUCACCACCACCACCAUACCACUACACAUCACCCCCUCCUCCAGUGAAGUCUCCACCUCCUCCAUACUACUAUAAGUCCCCUCCUUCACCAUCUCCCUCUCCACCACCACCAUAUCACUACACAUCACCUCCUUCUCCAAAAAAGUCCCCACCUCCCCCCUAUUACUAUAAAUCCCCUCCUCCACCAUCUCCUUCACCACCACCACCAUACUACUACACAUCACCCCCUCCUCCAGUGAAGUCUCCACCUCCUCCAUAUUAUUACAAGUCUCCACCACCACCCUCUCCUUCACCACCACCUCCCUACCAUUAUACAUCACCCCCUCCUCCAAAAAAGUCCCCACCUCCCCCCUAUUACUAUAAAUCCCCACCUCCACCAUCUCCUUCACCUCCACUACCAUACCACUACACAUCACUCCCUCCUCCAGUGAAGUCUCCACCUCCUCCAUAUUACUACAAGUCCCCACCACCUCCCUCUCCCUCACCACCACCUCCUUAUCAUUAUACAUCUCCUCCUCCUCUAAAAAAGUCUCCACCUCCCCCUUAUUACUAUAAAUCCCCACCUCCACCAUCUCCUUCACCACUACCACCAUACCACUACAUAUCACCCCCUCCUCCAGUGAAGUCUCCACCUCCUCCAUAUUACUACAAGUCCCCACCUCCACCAUCUCCUUCACCACCCCCUCCAUACCACUACACAUCACUCCCUCGCCCAAAAAAGUCUCCACCUCCUCCAUACCAUUACACCUCACCUCCUCAUCCAUUAAAAUCUUCGCCUCCUCCAAACUAUUAUAAACCUCCACCUCCACCAACUCCCUCACCACCACCACCUUAUUACUAUAAAUCCCCACCACCCCCAAGUCAUUCUCCUCCUCUAUACUACUACACAUCUCCUCCACCUCUUAAACAUUACUAAUUAAACCUAUCAUUGAAUCAAUUUGGAGCAUCUAAAGGAUAACUUCUUUGUACUGUCAUUGAAUUGAAGUGAUGAUUUCCCAUUAUUCUUAUUUGCAAUAAAAAGAAAAAAAAACUUGUGUAC